AUGGACAACUCAACCUUUACCUACAAAUCACUACUCAAAAAACUUGUAAAAAUUACUUAUACCCCUUAAAAUAAAAAAAAAAUAAUUUUUCAAUUAAAUUACAAAGAGUUUUUGAUUUAAAAUAAUUUAAGAAAAAGAGCUAGAAAAACCAAGGAGGCGUUUCACAGCUUUCUUGUGAAUUUUGUUUCAAAGACAUCACAAAUGCCACCUAUAUAAAAUGUGCUGAAUGCCCCAACAUCUUGAUAUGUGUCAAUUGCUACAUCCAAGGCCUGGAAAAAGGCUGCCACACUCGGCUUCACAAAUUUUUCAUAAUUGACAGCCUUAAAUUCCCUUUAUUCAAUACUAGCUGAUCAGCAAAAGAGGAAAAUCUCCUUUUAGAAUCAAUGCUAAAAUACGGGUAUGGAAACUGGGGUGCUAUAUCUAAAGCUUUAUAUAUCCUUCCCUAUAUGAAUUUUCUAUAAAUAAUUGAAUUUUAUAAAUAUCGAAAAUCCAUAUAAAAAACAAUACAAAAAAAUCCAGCUGGGAAUGCGAAAAGCAUUACAAACAAAUUUACAUGAAAAAAUCCCCUGCAGAGAUGGCAAACAUUGAAAUAAUCAGCUAUAGAGACGAUCGUGGAUAUAUUGUCCAAACCCAAUCAAAUGCAUUAUCAAGAUUCAAAGAGAUCAUGCGAGAUCCCAUGCCUAUCCCAGACCGCCGAAAUGAGCUAGAAAAGCCUGCCCUCAGUGACUUUGCAGGCUAUAUCCCAUUUCGGCGCGAUUUUGAGGUUGAGUGGGAAAACGACAUAGAAUUAUACCUAGCAGACCUUGAGUUUUAUGACGAUGACAGAUAUGAAGAAACACAAAUCAAGCUAAAACAACUAGAAGCCUAUAAUAAAGUCCUAGACGAGCGUGAAGAAAGGAAAAAGUUCGUAAUGGAAAGAUGGCCUAUAGAAGUCAAAAAUGAACGAAAAUUCAGAAACCCUGUAGAAAAAAGCAUUUACCAGUCAAUGAAGCCAUUUGCAAGACUUUUGCCGCCUGAUAAACAUAUAGCGUUAUGUGAGGGGCUGACUAAAGAAUAUAUUUUGAAGCUGAAAUUAGAAGAAUUGAGAGAAGCAAGAAGUUUAGGGAUCGCGACUGAAGAAGAUUUUAAAAAAUUUUUAAAUGAAAAAAGAAAUAGCUCGAUUAAAGGCAAAGAGUAUGAUGUCAUUUUUAAAGAGCCGUUCAUGCACAAAAUGGCACAGCAAGAAAGAGACCAACAGAUUGCUGGGGCAGAAAUUGCAGAAUUAAACUCAACUAUAAACCCAUCCACGCAGUUAACCUCAGUUGAAGAAGAAUUUUGUGAUAAAAUGGGCUUCACCCCUGACGAAUAUUUAGGCUUAAAAGACAAAAUCUGUGAACAAAUAGAAAGCAAAGGAUUUAUUACAGAAGAGCUAUUGAACGGCUCAAGAGUAGAAACUAACAAGAAAAAAGAGCUUUUCGACUUUGUAGUGAAACUAACUCCCCCCCCCCCCUCCGUGAGAGAACAAAAAAAAAUUUUGUUCGCUCACGGAGGGGGGUUAAUUUUUUUUUUUAAAAAAAUUUAUAUAUAAAAUUUUAUAAAAAAUAUUUUUUUUCGAAAUUUAAAAAAAAUCCUAAUUUGCAAAAAUUGGGAAGCAAAUAUUAAUUUAAUUUGCAAAAUUUAUGUUUUAAAAACGCAAUUUGUUUAAAAUUAAACAGAAUUAGCUCUAGAUUUCAUUAUACUAAUUAUCACUUAUAUAUCAAAAUUUUUUUCCAUUAAAAUUUUUUCUAUUAAAAAAAUUUUUGUUCACUCACGGAGGGUGGGUUUUUGGUCAAAAAAUGGCGAUUUUUCUAAUGGUUUUGUUCGCUCACGGAGGGGGGGGGAGUAAGAACAAUUUAA